UCGGAUUACAGUGGCAUUCAAACAACGCAUUCGCUGGUGUCCUCGACUGGAACAGGCAAUUGGACCGGAAACCGAAGUAUUUCAACGUAUCCGCCAAGUAAAAGUGGUAAUACUUCUUCAUUGUCGGUCAAUUCGACAUCUCAGUUUUCUGCAUCUUCGGAUUACAGUGGCAUUCAAACAACGCAUUCGCUGGUGUCCUCGACUGGAACACGCAAUUGGACCGGAAACCAAAGUAUUUCAACGUAUCCGCCAAGUAAAAGUGGUAAUACUUCUUCAUUGUCGGUCUAUUCGACAUCUCAGUUUUCUGCAUCUUCGGAUUACAGUGGCAUUCAAACAACGCAUUCGCUGGUGUCCUCGACUGGAACAGGCAAUUGGACCGGAAACCGAAGUAUUUCAACGUAUCCGCCAAGUAAAAGUGGUAAUACUUCUUCAUUGUCGGACAAUGGGACGUUUCUUUCGCCUGGAAGUUCGUCUGUCUCGGGUAAAAAUGAAACAGGGAAGAUAUUGAUCACCACAACCAAACGCUCUCCUCUCGUAUCGAGUUCAACAAGCAGCUUUCAAGAAGGAAAAACAAAUUCUAGCGGGAAUCAAGAGUCAUCGAAACAGACCGACAGUAGCUUGUCUCCAAAUGUCAACACAUCUGAACAAGCCGCAGUCAAUGAGACGAUAACUUCCUCCAUGUCCUCACCACAAAUGACCUCUUACAUUGAGAAAACAUCCCACCUCUCCGUUUACACAGGUAAUUUGGAAACUAUGAACCAGACAGGGCGAACCUCUUACCCCAAUGCUCUCCCCACCUUGAUGUUUAGCACAACCCACGUCGCUCAGGUCUACAGCCCCACACAAAGCCAAGGGCUGGCUGCUACGAGCUAUGUCAGCGAGCCGGGCUCGGAGGGAAAUGGAAAUGGACAGUCUUCGAGUAAGAAUAAAGACGACAAGUUAUCGGGAUAUAGCAGUGAUAUCAAAAUCUCAAACGAAACAGCGACACCAGCACAGUCUGCUACCGCCGUAAAUGGAGGGAGUGUUGUCGUGACAAAAGACACUACAUCAACUGCUCACGGCCUCAUGCAAACUACAUCAAAUACUGGACAGGCAUCAAUAACCUCAGAAGGUGUAAUAUUCGUUACACCUUCAAUCAUCGCCAUUUCGUCAAGUCCAUCUUUCCAAAACACCGGUACGUCAAAAUCGCCAUCAUCAUUUUCACAGGGAACUGUCGAUAGCAGUUCAAUGAUCAUCCGAAAAGACGCUUCGACAACCAAUCGGGUACCCAUGACAACCACGUCAAAACCAUUGACGAGAAACUCCAUUAUGACGUCAUCACCUGUGAUGUCAUACACGAUGACGUCACAACCGGAAGAGUUACCCACGAUGCAGUCACGAUAUGUGAAACCAUCCACGUCGUUAUCGAAUGUUUUGGAUACUACGGAAACAUUGUUGACGUCAUACACGCUAGCAGUGGAUACCAUGACAACACACACGAUGUCAUACACGAUGACCUCAAAUAACUCACAUUCAAUCGCCACAACUAUGGCAAAUAUGACUUUAUCAGGUCAAACGCAGGCAGGACUAUCCACGGCUCAUGCGGGGCAUAUUCCGAGCUCAUCUGUGCUGUCAGGAGAGUGCAAUUGCACAACCUCGUACGAUCCACAAUGUGGUAACCAGUGUUGUGCUGGUGGCAAGGUCACAGCCACACUGAUAUGUAUGGCCAGCAGUAAAUCCGUGUCCCAUACGUCCUGUAACGUUAACUAUACACUAUCAGGAAAGUCUUGUGGGGAUGUUUCAGAGUGUGCGUGCAAAGGAACUCAUCUCUCUUCUUUCUCCAAGAUUGCUGUCACUUUUUUAGCAUUGUUCGUUUGGCUUUUGUAAGCGUCGUAUUUCUAAGGACUGGUU